GCGCGGCGCCGCUCACAACGGCUCGGCAGUUGCGCCCGGGGCCGGAGCCGCGGAGCCGCCGUUCUUUCCCCGCAGGUUUCCGAAGAGCAGCGGCAGCGGCGGCAUGACUUCGGCGGCGGUGGAGAUUCUGGGGCUGGGGCUGGGCAUCCUGGGCUGGGUGGGGGUGAUCCUGGCCUGCGCGCUGCCCAUGUGGCAGGUGACGGCCUUCAUCGGCAACAACAUCGUGGUGGCGCAGACCAUCUGGGAAGGGCUGUGGAUGAACUGCGUGGUGCAGAGCACGGGGCAGAUGCAGUGCAAGGUGUACGACUCCAUCCUGGCGCUGCGGCCCGAGGUGCAGGCGGGCCGGGCGCUCACGGUCAUCGUGGCGCUGCUGGGGCUGGUGGCGCUCAUGGUGACCGUGGUGGGCGCGCAGUGCACCAACUGCAUCCGGCCCGGCAAGAUGAAGUCCCGCAUCGUGAUCGCCGGAGGGACCAUCUACAUCCUCUGCGGGGUCCUGGUCCUCGUCCCGCUCUGCUGGUUCGCCAACAUCGUCAUCAGCGACUUCUACGACCCCUCCGUGCCGCCGUCCCAGAAGCGGGAGCUGGGCGCCGCGCUGUACGUGGGCUGGGCGGCCUCGGCGCUGCUGCUGUUCGGGGGCUGCCUCAUCUGCUGCUGCUCCUGCUCGCAGCGCGACGAGACCUCCUUCCCGGUCAAGUACUCGGCGCCGCGGCGACCCACCUCCAACGGCGAGUACGACAAGAAGAACUACGUGUGAGCGGGGCCGCCCGCUCCGCCCGGCCGUGCGGGCACACGGACAGACGGCGCCGCCGGCCGGGAGCGACUGCGGUGAGCUCGGCCCACGGGAGCCGCGCCGCCCCUCGCCCCGGAGCCCGGACAGCGGCACCGCCGCGAUGCUGGAGCGGAGCCGGGAGUGUUGGGGAGCCGCCGGUGCCUGUGUGCGCUGCCGGGCCGCCGUGCGUGCCCUGCCGGGGAGGAGAAGCUUCCCUUCUUCGUUCUGUCUCCUGAAAACCUGCAGCUGACUGACUUCUGCCACGGCUUUAACUGGUUCAGGUUUUUCCUUUUGUUCUUUGUGGGCAACUAAACUCGGGUUCCCAUCUGAAAGACAGUCCUAACCUCGGUCCUUAUUCAUGCAGGCAAAUAACCGUUUGGAGAAAGGCUCGUCAUUGUGUUCCGUUGUUUUGGGCCCUCAAAGAAGCACGCUUUGAGACUUCUGAAAUGAUUUCAGAUAGCGGCUGUUGCUUAGCGGAGAACAAAACCCAUUACUGCAGGUUCUCCAUCACUUCCCCGUCAGCUUCUGUUCUUGUACUUGAAUACGAACUCAUUGCAGGUCGCCAUUUACAGGAGGACUAAAUGCAGAGACCUGGGAGAUCUUAGUGCCCCGGUCCCAGCAGGGCAUCCCUCUGGCCCCUCGUCUGUGCUACAGGAGACUGGAAACACAUCUUUCCCCCUCUCGUGAUGCUUAGGCUAUCAGAGGCUUCGUGGCCUUCUUGAGUGCUGCUUGCUGCCAAUUCUGAAUCACAUGUGCUCAGCUGGACAUACACAUGCUCGGCUCCCCACUGUAACUUUGGUAACCUGCACUUGCCUUAAUUUAAUUAAUCGGGCUAGAAGACUUUAUCCAAAUAUCUUCGCUGAGUCCGCGCAGUGGGGGGGGAGAUGGGAGGUUAUGGCUGCUACAGCCCUCACAGCUCCUGGUUGCACUGCAGACCAGGAGGAUGGUGCUCUGGGCAAUGUAACUCACUUUCUGAGCUGUUAAACCUCACAGCAGCCUGGAUUAUUAACACGUACCUUUCCCUCCUAUGCUGCACACAAAAAAACCCAACACCAACAGAAGUGCCAGAGGGGUGGUGUGAUGCUCUCAUACAAAUUGUUGAGAAGGUGAAACCCCUUCCUUGUGGCACCAAAUUGAGACAGAACGCUGCUGCAGGCUGCGGCGGCACCGUGCUGCCACAAGGAGCCCCCUGCCAACAGGGACAGGGGAACGGUGCUGUGAGUACACAGGGCUCCCACAGCACCCCCUGCUCUGCACUGACUCUUACAGUCCCUGCUGAUGCUCAGACAUCAGGCUGACCAUUCCUGGGCGUUGUGACAGAUGUACAUUGACUGUCCUUGCUUUGCGUAGCAAACUUAAAACCCCAGCAGUACCAAUCUAUACACGGAUCUGAAAGAGGAAAGAGACUAAAGCCCCCACAAACACAGAUGCUGAGCACAACAUUUGCCCUUAUUAAGAUAACUGCUUUUGUUUUCAAGCACACACAUUGCAGGGUCCGCACCCCGCAGACAACAGCAAGUGGGACCGUAUGUCCGGGAUCAGCUUUGUUCUACAAAGAGGUGCCGUUCUUGUACAGGUUGCAAUUAAAUAAAACCUAAGAUGUUGUUAUGAUGGGAUAUGUAGUUUUGGUACAAGAAUGAAAUACUCCAUAUUUCAUCGGUGCAACUUUUUUUUUAACCAGUGUCACCUUGUAAACAGUAAAUGUAUUUAAGUGCAUAAUAUUCUGCAAGAAAUCUACCAAAGUUGGCUAUAACGGUUUGGUGCCUUUAUUUGUUUCACAGUUAUUUUCUUUGUAUUUUAAACUACUGUCCAACUGUCUCUGUGAGCCAGCCCCAGCCCUCUGCUGACAAGAAAGGGGAGUCAGCGGAUAUUAGCUCGAAUCCUGCAGGCUUCACUUUGAAUUGGUGCGAUCUGCUAAAAUAAUGGGAUUUGUCUCAAAUGGAAGAAUGACAAAUAACCCGCAGCCCGGCAGGUUGGCCUGCGUGGGGCUUCACCUCCGAGCCUUCAAAGUGCUGCUGGAUUUGGGCACUGAGCAGACAGCAGAAUUUCUGCCUGUUCCCUGCAGGUAUUUACCACCACAUCAGAAAUGGUGUGUGGGGGGUGGGACGGAGAGAAGCACAGCCCUCCACAUGGAAUCAUUUUAGCAAGCCAAAAUUCUUGAUAGCUUCAUGACAUGUCAGGGCUGGGUCCACCGAAAACCAAAUCUGAAACAACUGCACAACCCGACCUCAUGGAAGAAGCCAGUGCUAACUGUGUAUGUGUUAGUAAACAAGCCCUCAUCCAAUCCUAAACAUCUCUCGUUGCUGAUGUGUCAAAUCCACAGGUCACAGGGUAGUGUCCAACAACAUCCAUUCAAAAGAAUAACUGCACGUUAUCUCAUCCUUCAGCAUACUUAUGUGUUGCAUCACUUCACAAGAAACAAAAUGAACAACCACCCAUGUGAACGUUGCUACCACCAUCGCUGGCUUCAGGGCACAAAUUGGGUUCUUUUGCAUUGUUUUGUUUUCUGAGAGCAAAGAUCUAGUCCUGAAGCUUAGGAACUGAAAGCCUGAACCUCAUCCCAAUGGAAAUAAAGUUCUAUAGCACUUGUUUUGAUUUUAUAUUUAUAAAUCCUCAUAAAAAUAAAAACAUCUCAACCAA